AUCUUUGUUUUGUUGUUCGAUCGACAAAAACAACAGUGUGCAUCUGGUGCGUACCUGUUUUUAUCCUUUUUUUACCUUCGGCGGCCAUCGAAACAGACAAUUAAUCAUCAUGGCGUCACGGUUGCUCCCACGCAUGGUUGGCUAUAGAGGCAAGUUGUCUGCCGCUGCAGCUGUGGCCGUUGGAGUAGCAGGUCUGAGCUAUAUGCGUACUAAACGAGGCCAAGCCUGCGUCAGCCAGGGGGUUAAGACUACCUUCCCCCCGUCGGCCAACUUCCCCGAUCUCCGCAACCAUAACAACGUAAUGGCGUCUCACCUGACGCCCAGUAUCUACGCCAAACUCUGUAACCGCAAGACGCCCAACGGCUACACGCUGGACCAGGCUAUACAGACUGGCGUGGACAACCCGGGACACCCCUUCAUCAAGACAGUGGGGUGUGUGGCUGGUGAUGAAGAGUCCUACGAGGUCUUCAAGGAACUGUUUGACCCAGUAAUCGAUGAAAGACACAACGGUUACAGUCCCAACGAUAUUCACCCAACCGACUUAGACUCCUCUAAGAUCCGGGGCGGUAACUUUGACAACAAGUACGUGCUGUCGACCCGAGUACGAACCGGCCGCUGCAUUCGUGGAUUGAGCCUUCCGCCGGCAUGCUCGCGGGCAGAGCGUCGCAUGGUCGAACAGGUCGUAGUCGAGGCUCUGGAUGGCCUGAGCGGUGACUUGAAGGGCAAAUACUUCCCGUUGAACAACAUGACGGAGAGCGAACAGCAGACUCUAAUCGACGACCAUUUCCUGUUCGAUAAGCCCGUGUCUCCUUUGCUCACGUGUGCCGGCAUGGCUCGUGAUUGGCCCGAUGCUCGUGGUAUCUGGCACAACAACGAUAAGACUUUCUUAGUCUGGGUGAAUGAGGAGGACCACACCCGGCUCAUCUCCAUGGAGAAGGGAGGCAAUAUGAAGAGCGUCUUCGACAGAUUCUGUCGAGGUCUAAACCAGGUGGAGAGUCUGAUCAAAACUAAAGGCUGGGAGUACAUGUGGAAUGAGCAUCUGGGCUAUGUUCUGACCUGCCCCUCCAAUCUAGGAACGGGCAUGCGAGCUGGUGUUCAUGUCAAACUGCCUAAUCUUGCCAAAGACUCACGCUUUGACACAAUCCUGGAGCGUUUGCGACUACAGAAAAGAGGAACUGGGGGUGUGGACACUGCCUCUGUUGGUGGAGUGUUUGACAUCUCCAACCUGGACAGACUUGGGCAAUCUGAGGUCCAACUUUGCCAGCGGGUAAUCGACGGCGUCGAUUUACUCAUCAAGAUGGAGAAACAGCUCGAGAGAGGGCGCUCGAUCGACAGCAUGAUUCCAAGGGCCUAAAAAUAGUAACGGACAACUUCUGACCAGUCACAAGGCGUCUCAUUCGUCGUCUGCUCACCUGUUUUCAAUCAAUCAGCUUAUAAUUGGUCACAGACACGUAGGUGUAAUCAAAGAGAGUAAACAAGCAAAUUUUGCAGGCUUCAGAUAUUAAGAGAAAAGAAUUUACAUAGUGGACGUUUCAACCCGAAGUCGAAGUAUGCAAAAGAACACAAAGUAUUUGAAACAUUUCAAACCAAUAAAACUACGGUGAAACCCGGGUACUGAAUAUUUUGAAACUCACGUUUGGUAUUUUGUCAAGAAAGAGGUGUUUUCUCUAUCGUUUAGGUCUAAUCACUAGAAAGCAACCAAACGACGAUCUUUAACGAUAUUGUUGAAUUGUGUUCAGAGGCGAUAAUCCUGUACUCAAGUUUCAAUAUUUUAUUUGCAAUUUCAAAUGAGUGCUUUUAUUUCUUAAUAUUCCGUUGGCACUCACUACAUAUCAUAAACGACAAAGUAAAAAUAGGUUUCCAAAAUAAACGCUUUUACUAAACCUGUUCCUAUUUGCAAGUGUUGUUUUGAGUUUCUUAUGAAAAUAUUGAUGUUUAAAAAUGGUGACAUUAAAAAAGAAUUUUAUAGGAUAAUAUGGAAAUGACAGUGCAAAAAGCCGAAUCAGUAUGAAAGAUUAAAUUUACACCUUAUCAACA